UUUAAAUUCUUGUUUAUUAAUGAAUGUAGUGGUAUUGAAUUCUACAGUAUUAAUUAUGAACGUUAAUCUGUAUGUUACGUGUGUUCAGGAAUGUCUUGUAAUCUAUAGUAGCAUAUAAACCAUUUUCGAAUACUGUACUUCCAAUCAUCGAGUGACUAAUAUUUGUAAUAAACAAUGUCGAAAUCAAUAAUACUUUUUAUAAUUCUAGUGUUAAAUUUUUUUUAUUCAUCUACUUUAGGACAAGAUUCUUCACUUAAUUUGAACGCAGGCGAGAUAUGUCUAAAAGGGGAAAAUGGAGAGGCUUCCAAUUCGUACUGUAAACGUUUAGAUAAUUGUCCUGAGGGUAGACAACAAAUCAGACAACAUAUUAUUCCAAAAUUAUGUUCAUUUGAUAGAUCACAUCCAGUAAUUUGUUGUCCACCACAGAGCUAUGAAGCAAAACCAACGGAAAAUCCUUUUAAUAAUCAGUCUAAUGUACAAACAUAUUCUGCUACUGAGAUGUGUCAUCAAUAUUCAGAAUUGAUCUAUUCAUAUGUAAAAAAACCAACUUUAAAACCAUCAAGUAAUAAUUACAUUAAAGUACUUAAUUGUCGUGAAGUAACAAAAUUAAUUGUUGGCGGUACUAAAGCUGACGGUAAAGAAUUCCCACAUAUGGCUCUAGUAGGCUAUGGUGAUAAAAUUGAACAAGUCAGGUGGGCUUGCGGAGGUUCAUUAAUUAGUAAUAUUUGGGUUUUGUCUGCUGCUCAUUGUGAAAAAAUUAGCAAGCAAUUGUUUGCCCAUUGGAUACGUCUAGGAGAUUUAGAUAUUGAAGAUAAUAAUGAUGAUGCCAAACCUAGCAAUUAUGAAAUAAUUCAACGUAUUAUUCAUCCCAACUAUCAACCUCCUUCUCUCUAUAAUGAUAUAGCUUUAUUCAAGUUAGAUAGAAUUGUUGAAUUUUCAGCUUAUGUGAGACCUAUUUGCUUAAAUAUUGAUCAAAAUCUUAAGCCUCAAAAAGCAGUAGCUUCUGGCUGGGGCCAAAUACAAAGUGGGGGACCGUCCAGUUCUCAUUUGUUAAAAGUAGUAUUAGAUAGUAUACCAAUAAAUCAAUGCAAUAUUAGUUAUUCCUCUAGUGUUGGAAGACAACUAGCAUUUGGAAUAUUAAAUGAAAGUCAAAUUUGUGCUGGCCAUGCUGAAGGUGGAAAAGAUACUUGUGGAGGUGAUUCUGGAGGGCCUAUUCAAAUUAAAAACACUAACUAUUCAUGUAUGUACACUCAAAUAGGAAUAACAUCAUUUGGAAAAUUAUGUGGUGAAAAAGAUGCACCUGGGGUUUAUACUAAAGUUUCUAAAUAUAUAUCGUGGAUAGAAAAGAAUGUUUGGCCAAAAUAGUAAUACAUUUCAGGAACACUAAGUAAAUACUACAAGAGAAUAAUUAAUUGUUAAACAAAUUUUUGUUUAUUGACCAUUGCAUUAAAUGCACUUUGUAUUUCUUUUAUAUUUUUUAUAAAUAAAUAUUCAUGUUUUUAAA